AUGCCUGACUGCCAAAGAGAAACUCCAAGCGUUAGUGGUAUGCAUGUUUUUAAUUCACUUAACGCCUUCUCACUAUCCUUACAGUUUAUUGGAUAACACAAUGUGUUUCUGCAAAACUCCGGCACUUUUGUAGCGAGAUUUCCGUGAUGCCUAUUAGGUAAGGCAAUCUGACGGGAGGGCAAGCCGAUAACCCACACAAAUAUCUCUCAUAUUCAACCCAAUCAGGACACUACACUAUCACACUCUGACAUACCAGAUCAUCGGAUCGCAGCGAACUUCAAAGCAGCCCAUCAGGGGCAUAAGCGAGGUAUGAGAAUCUUAUGAUAUCGGAACCGAUGGCAAGGAUAUAUCUCUAUCUGCAGAAUAGACACUUUGAGAAGGGGACCGAAGGAGUGGCGAAACAAAAGAACUGACUGAUAGCCACUGUAGUGUUCCUCUCCCCGUUUCUGCUGUCCCAAGUCCUACCAAGGAGACCACUUUCAAGUCCUCGACCACGAGUCCGAGGUCAUCUAUGGUAUCACCGCGCUCCUCGCAGCUUUCAGUCCCGAACGACCAGUCGCGGCUCCCUCUCCAGUCGAAUCGGAUCACCGCAGCACGUUCAUGAGAGACCUAUACCUCCUGCCUAUCUCACUUCAAAAGUAAUCAUCGAAACCUUGAGCCAAUCUUGAUACACAUCGCUAGCGCAUUGUGUAGCGAGAACCAUGUUCCACAACUGGUCACGGUACUCUAACCGACCAACACCACGAUAUCUCUACAGAGUUGACCAUCCAGGGCCUACUAGCUUGAGCAACAUUCAAGGCGACGAACUCCGAGCUGCUGGAUACGCGAAAUCCCUUGUGGAAUGGGAGGUCCAUUUUCAUCUGGGCGAGCCAAGCACCUUUUUGCGAACAGUCGAGAAGCACCUCAAAUGUGAUGACACUCCAAGUAUCUUUAUCUCCUGCUUUGAGGAUCUGUUUGAGGCCCUCAAUUGGCUCCUUACUGCACACCAGGUUUGGCCAGGAGAGGUAAAUCUGCUGCGAAUCGACCUCCAGCACCCCUUCUUUUCGCAACCUGUCUAUGGCGGUGGAGGCGGUCCGCAUGCAUAUAGAGUCCAAGAUAUCCUUGACUUGCCUCAGAGACAUAGGAUAUUUGGAUGGUCGGAACUAUUGCAGCAGAAUGCAGCAUUUCGGAACCAGCGAGAACUUCAACCACUUCUCCCGUUUCCGCAAAACUCGGAGUGGUUGAUUCAUUGGAACGUACAUCAAGGAGCGAUUAAGUUGAUUCCCGGUGAAGUUCUCAUUGAUAUGAGGACCCAAAGAGAAGGAGUUAUGGGAUUGGAAGACCGUGUGUACUUUGAUGAUCCUAGUAAGUAAAGUCUGAUUCGUCAACCGAAGGAUAUUCGCUAACUGAAGAAGUGUAUGGCUCAUUACAUUGGCUCCAAGGUGAAUCUGAACUCACCCAGAUACACCGAUGGUCCGAGUGGAACCGGAGUCUACAAUGGCUGAACCAACUGAUCCCUCUGCAACAACCGCUAUCCCCACAAGCACAACAAUGGCUCACAAUCUUCGAUGCGAUGAAUGCCUCCGCAGAGGUACCCCCGGAUGCAACAAAUUAGCUCCUUGCGGACCUUGCAUCGCUCAGAAUCUCUUCUGCGUCUAUGCUGAAGAUGGGGACCAAUCUGAGAUGGCAGGAUUGGUGGUGAUGGGUGGUAACUCUGCUCAGAACUACUCGAUGGCUAGCCAACUUCCCCAGACACAGUCCCUUGACGCGAUGCCGACUCCCAGCUUCUUUCUGCCAAGCGGCUCUUUGCCACAAAAUGAUCUCUUCGCCCAAAACGACUUCUCUCUUCAAGAGAAUGCCAGCGAUCGCUUUUCACCAGACCUUCUCACGUCUCCAACGUUCCCAAAUAGUCCGCUCGUUCCAGGCGAACAAAGUGGACUAGAUCAGUUCCGACAACCAAACGAAUCCUUCCAACACGCUUUUGAGGGAGAACAAUCCACAUUCACAUCAGGUUCACCCAGUAUACCAGCACAAGUCCCAACUCCAGCCCAACAACCCAGCCCCGCACCCCGAGCAAACCCCCCAUCCCUCCCCAAUAUUCAAGUGGCAGCAAGCCCAAGUAAUACAUCCAAUCUCAAUCUUCUCAUUCAAUGCGGCCACCGAAUCAAGAUCCUCGAGAGAAUAUCCCAACUCGACAGCCUUUCCAGCCUCCCACACAGCGGCAUCGUACAACCCGAACGAGCAGUAAUGAACAUCCAAACCAUGGUUGAGUACGACGUGCGACUCGGAAACCUCGAAGCUGGGUUCGCUCAACGUGGAUUGCUGAAUAGUGAAGGCGCGUUGCGUGGCAUCCAUGGGUUUCACAGCCAUACGUUGGGACGCUUGGAUUCUCGACUUAAGGACCUUGAGGCGGCGAUUUUUCGACGACAGGCUCAGUUGUUUGGUGUGGAAUGA